GGAAGCAGCGUGGGCAGCCAGCCUCCCUGUGGCACCGCUGCGUCACGGUUUUUCCAGUGACGAGGAGGCUGCGCUGCGGAGCGGUCUGUCUCAGACAAGGGGAAGGCUGCCACUGACAGUGUGCUCUGCUACAGUCGAGACAAAAGCGAGAGGUCUGUUCGAGGAUAAAGUGCAAUUGUGUCGCUUGGAUUGUGACUAUAUUUUCACUAAUGAUGAUCUGAUAUCUGAAGUAUUGAUCAGCUCCAUGCUAGAGCCAUGAGCGGUUUACUGAAGAGGAAGUUUGAGGAGGUCUGUGAUGAGGACCAGUGCUACUCCUCGUCCUCCUCCCUGUCGUCCUCAGCCUACUCCGGGUGGGAUUCUGAGGGCGAGAGCUGCUACUCAGACACCCUUGACUCAACACCCAGCAACCCUGGCUCUCCAGACACACACUACAAUACCAAGUCCAUCCUGAAGAAGGCUAAGUGUGAGCAGGGUGGGCGGGGCAACGUGACCUUUGACAUGCUGACAGUGUUCCUGUUCCCGCGGUGCCAGGGCUUCAACAGCGUGCCCAGUAGGGGGGGCUGUUCCCUGGGCAUGAUGCAGCGCCACAGCGCCCUCCGCAGGUACACCCUGGACGAGUACGCUGUGGAGCAACACACCCUCCGGCGGGAGAAACUCCUCGACCGCCUCCGAGAGGAGAAACUGGAUGCUCUCAAACAGAAGCUGACGAAGGGAGGCACGGUGGAGUCAGAGGAGGCUGACCACCUCACCGUCGAAGACAUCCCAGAGGACGAGAUGGACAUUAGCAGCUGUAACCUAGACGACGGCUCCUUCCUCCACCCCUACCCCUCCAAGAGGAGACAUGCCCUGCUGAAGGCUGCGGGGGUGAAGGUGGAGAAGGAGGAGAAGAGACAGCUGCAGCAACUCAGAGUGUCCAGGGAGGACUGUGGGUGUGACUGCCAGGGUUUCUGUGAGCCAGAGACCUGCGCCUGCAGCCUGGCAGGCAUCAAGUGUCAGAUGGACCAGUCGUCAUUUCCCUGCGGCUGCACUAAGGAUGGCUGCGGUAACCAGGAAGGUCGUAAAGAGUUCAACUCCAGCCGGGUUCAGACCCACUACAUCCACACCAUCAUGAAGCUAGAGCUGGAGAAGAGACUGGAGGAGACGUCUGGACCAGAGGAAGAGGACCUGGAAGAGACCGCCCCAUGUCACUACUACAACCCCUUGUCCGACCGCUCCUCCUUCCACUUCAUCUCAAAGCUGGCGGCGGUCAGGGAGAACAGCUGUAGUAGCGACAUGACCGACUCCUCUGGGGGGAGUGAAUACUCAGAGGAAGGGGCGGAGUUAGUGGUGGGGUUAGGGCGGCACUCCCGGGAGGAUGGCCCUCUGCUGGAUGAUGUGGAUGAGAAUGGACUGAGCCACAUCCUCAGCUUCAGUGACAUCGAUGACAACGACGACUACAAUGUAAACAACCGCGUUGUCAAUGACAACCGCUGCUGCCCCGAGCAACGUCUACAGCAACAGCCGUGGAUGUUGACAGGGUUUAUCGCGGCAGACUUCCAAGAGGAUAAUAACAAUCUAGAGGUGCACAGAGACAACCGGGCCAUGGCCAUAACACAACUGUUAGAUGAUAACGCUAACCAAGGCAACGCUCUGUUCCACCACAGUGACUGCCCCAACAACCCCUCUUCCUCUGUAGAUGGCACCGCUGUCAGCCUGUCCUCAGAGUCUGACCUGGAGUUCUUUGAUGGUUUCUGUCUGGGUCCUUCCUCUCUCUACAACACCCUAAAGGAAUACCAACACAUGGACAGCUUCUUUCACUUCCAGUUGCCUAGUUACCCCAGCAGCCAAUCACAGGCCAGUGACCCUGGGGCCUGUCUCCUGGAGUCUCUGAUUGGUCUGUCAGAAUCUGUCCCAGAACCCCCUGCAACGUUCAGACAAUCAACCGGACCUGAACUGCCAACUGUGUUCUGGGCUAUGUAGUGAAUUAGGGGGGACGGUAGGUAAACUGCUGUUGGAAGAAGCUGUGAUUUCUCCCCUAUCUAUUGUUAAUGUGAUUUCUCCCCUAUCUAUUGUUAAUGAGAUCCCGUUCUUGCCUACCAAAUCUUAGCAAAAGCAGUUGGUAAUUGUUGCUGUAUGAAAUGGCAGCGAACAUUUAAUUUGGAAAAAAGAAAGUGAAACUAACAUAAACGUGAACGCUCGAUUGUGUAAUCUGAGUCAUGUAUCUGUGACCAUACGCUGAUGUCGUGUGCUGGAGCCUGCCCCUCUACACUAACACAGAGGGUAACUGGUGGGACUUUUUCUAGCUUUAGGAAGCAGACUGUUGUGGCCAUUGAAACACUGUGUUGCAUUCACACACACAGAGACACACACACAGAGACACACACACAGAGACACACACACAGAGACACACACACAGAGACACACACACAGAGACACACACACACACAGAG